GUUUAUGUCUUUGUUUAUAUAAAUACUCUUGUAUAUCGUUAAAGAUAAUUCAAGUUGAGAGUUUACAAUAUUAUCUCAAGUUUACAAAUUUCUUAAGUCCUUAUCGUAACCUUUUUGUUUGUUCAUUCAUCGCUUCCACGAAGAGUUGUGUUUUUCUUUCCACCGGGGAUUAGAAAGGUUUGUUUUGACCGUUAGACGUGUGUUUGCUCUGCCACACACAACUCUCUUGUCGCAUUGCUUUCUCCAUGGUGUCAAGAUCUUGUGCUAAUUUUCUAGACUUAUCAUCUUGGGACUCAUUAGACUUCCCUCAAACUCAGAGAUCUCUUCCACGUGUCAUGACUGUUCCUGGUAUAGUCUCUGACCUCGAAGGGGACUAUGGCGAUGUUAAUUCCUCCACUAGCUCCCACGAGCGCAAGAUUAUUGUGGCUAACAUGUUACCUCUACAAGCCAAGAGAGACACAGAGACUGGACAGUGGUGCUUUACCUGGGACGAAGACUCUCUCCUCAUCCAGCUCAGAGAUGGGUUUCCUCCUGAUACAGAGUUUGUUUAUAUAGGAUCACUCAAUGCUGAUAUUACCACGAGUGAGCAAGAAGCAGUUUCUCAUAAGCUUCUGUCGGAUUUCAACUGUGUUCCCACGUUUUUACCAAAGGAGAUGCAAGAGAAGUUCUAUCAUGGCUUCUGUAAACACCACCUGUGGCCGCUCUUUCACUAUAUGCUUCCCAUGUUCCCUGACCACGGAGAUCGUUUCGACAGGCUUCUAUGGCGAGCUUAUGUUUCCGCCAACAAGAUAUUCUCAGACAGGGUGAUGGAAGUCAUCAACCCUGAGGAAGAUUACGUUUGGAUUCAAGAUUAUCAUCUCAUGGUUCUUCCCACGUUCUUGAGGAAGCGUUUCAACAGGAUCAAACUCGGUUUCUUCCUUCACAGUCCCUUUCCUUCAUCAGAAAUCUACCGCACUUUGCCGGUCCGUGAUGACCUUCUGAGAGGCUUGCUGAACUGUGAUCUUAUUGGCUUCCACACGUUUGAUUACGCACGCCAUUUUUUGUCGUGCUGCAGUAGAAUGCUUGGUCUUGAUUAUGAAUCUAAACGUGGCCACAUUGGGCUUGAUUACUUUGGUAGGACGGUAUUUAUCAAGAUUCUUCCUGUUGGUAUCCAUAUGGGUAGGCUUGAGUCUGUUUUGAACCUCCCCUCCACUGCAGCGAAAAUGAAAGAGAUUCAAGAACAGUUUAAGGGGAAGAAGUUGAUUCUCGGUGUCGAUGACAUGGACAUCUUUAAAGGCAUAAGCCUCAAACUUAUAGCCAUGGAGCGUCUCUUUGAGACGUAUUGGCAUAUGUGUGGUAAAGUUGUUCUGAUUCAGAUAGUGAACCCAGCACGCGCCUCGGGUAAGGAUGUGGAAGAAGCAAAAAAGGAGACUUAUGUAACUGCUAAAAGGAUCAAUGAGCGUUAUGGUUCCCCUGGAUAUCAGCCAGUUAUCUUGAUUGAUCGUCUGGUUCCACGUUAUGAAAAGACUGCCUAUUAUGCCAUGGCAGACUGCUGCCUUGUGAAUGCAGUAAGAGACGGCAUGAACUUAGUUCCUUAUAAAUAUAUUAUCUGCAGGCAAGGGACACCAGGUAUGGAUAAGGCCAUGGGAAUUAGCCAUGAUUCACCACGGACAAGUAUGCUUGUGGUCUCUGAGUUUAUUGGCUGCUCGCCUUCUUUGAGUGGCGCCAUCAGGGUGAACCCAUGGGAUGUUGAUGCUGUUGCAGAAGCGGUUAACUUAUCCCUCAAGAUGAGUGAGGCUGAAAAGAGGUUGAGGCAUGAGAAACACUAUCACUAUGUUAGUACUCAUGAUGUGGGUUAUUGGGCGAAAAGCUUUGUGCAGGAUCUGGAGAGGGCGUGCCAGGAACAUUAUAAUAAACGUUGUUGGGGUAUUGGGUUUGGACUGAGUUUCAGAGUUUUGUCCCUGUCUCCGAGUUUUAGGAAGCUAUCUGUUGAUCACAUAGUCUCAACGUAUAGAAACACAGAGAGAAGAGCAAUAUUUUUGGACUAUGAUGGCACUCUUGUUCCUGAGAGCUCUAUUGUCAAAACCCCUAGUGCUGAAGUCCUCUCUGUUCUGAAAUCUCUGUGUGAAGAUCCUAAAAACACUGUGUUUAUCGUCAGUGGCAGAGGUUGGGAGUCUCUGAGCGAUUGGCUAUCUCCUUGUGAAAAUCUUGGAAUAGCAGCUGAACAUGGAUACUUCAUAAGGUGGAGUAGCAAGAAAGAGUGGGAGAAUUGUUGCUCAUCAGGUGACGUGGAGUGGAAGACAAUGGUGGAACCAGUAAUGAGAUCAUACAUGGACGCAACUGAUGGUUCCACUAUAGAGUUCAAAGAGAGUGCUUUGGUUUGGCAUCAUCAAGAUGCGGAUCCAGACUUUGGAUCCUGCCAAGCGAAGGAGCUUCUGGAUCAUCUAGAGAGUGUGCUUGCAAACGAGCCCGUUGUCGUCAAGAGAGGCCAACACAUCGUAGAGGUCAAACCACAGGGAGUAAGCAAAGGCCUAGCGGUGGAGAAGGUCAUACACCGAAUGGUAGAGAACGGAAACUCACCUGACAUGGUGAUGUGUAUAGGAGAUGAUAGAUCAGACGAGGACAUGUUUGAGAGCAUAUUAAGCACAGUGACAAACCCUGACCUCCCAAUGCGACCAGAUAUCUUUGCCUGCACUGUGGGAAGAAAGCCAAGUAAAGCCAAGUACUUCUUAGAUGAUGUCUCUGACGUAUUGAAGCUACUAGCAGGACUUGCUGCUGCCUCAAGCAGCUCAAAGCCUGAGCAUCAACAAGAAUCCUCCUCCUCCUCACAUAAACAUGUGGCGUUUGAGAGCAUCAUCUGA